AUGACGUCUCAACCUCAGUCCGGCCAGUCGGGCCCGCAAUACACUCAUGGUCACCAUGCAUCGGUGAUCAAAUCGCAUAGCUGGCGCACCGCCGCCAACUCGGUCGGCUAUCUUCUCCCACGGCUUAAGGCUACUGAUCGAAUCCUCGACAUCGGCUGCGGACCAGGCACAAUAACAUGCGAUCUGGCCUCCGAACAUGUCGCGCAAGGCAGUGUCGUCGGCCUCGAUGCGUCCGAGUCCGUCAUCGCACAAGCUAACAAGACCGCCAAAGAACGAGGCAUCUCAAAUAUUGAAUUCGUGGCGGGAGACGCGUAUCAUCUGUCCUACGAAGAUGGCUCCUUCGAUGUAGUCGCAUGCCAUCAAGUCCUUCAGCACGUCAACGAUCCCGUCGGUCUACUCAAGGAGAUGAAGCGGGUGUGCAAGAAGGGUGGAAUCGUGGCGGCGAGGGAGAGCGACUAUGAUGGAUUUGUGUGGUACCCUCAGAGCGAUGGAUUGGAUGAGUGGCGAAGAGUGUAUCGUACUGUGGCCCGCGGCAAUGGCGGUGAGCCCAAUGCGGGUAGGAUGACGCAUGUCUGGGCGAAGCAGGCUGGGUUCACGAACAUUAAAUGCAGCAGCUCGAGCUGGUGCUAUUCUACCGAUGAAGAGAAGAAGUGGUGGAGUGGCACCUGGGCGGAGAGGGUGAGCGUGGAUGGCAGUGCGUUGGGGAAGACUGCGCUUGAGAAAGGAGUUGUAAAUGGCAAGGAGGACCUGGAAAACCUUGCGAAGGCAUGGCGGGAGUGGGGCGCGCAUGAGGAUGGGUGGUUCCAGGUGCCAAGUGGGGAGGUGAUCUGUAUCAAUGAGUGA